AUGGGUCGUAUGCACAGCCGAGGUAAGGGUAUUUCAGCAUCAGCACUUCCUUACAAGAGGACUCCACCAAGCUGGCUCAAGAUCUCUUCUCAGGACGUUGAAGAGAACAUUUGCAAGUUUGCCAAAAAGGGAUUAACACCCUCUCAAAUUGGUGUUAUUCUUCGUGAUUCUCAUGGGAUUGCUCAGGUGAAGAGUGUCACUGGCAGUAAGAUUUUGAGGAUUCUCAAGGCUCACGGGCUUGCUCCUGAGAUUCCUGAGGAUCUGUACCAUCUCAUCAAAAAAGCUGUUGCCAUCCGGAAGCAUCUGGAGAGGAACAGGAAGGACAAGGACUCCAAAUUCAGGCUGAUUCUUGUUGAGAGUAGAAUUCACAGACUUGCUCGUUACUACAAGAAGACCAAGAAGCUCCCGCCUGUCUGGAAAUAUGAAUCUACAACAGCUAGCACUCUUGUGGCUUGA